ACUGGAUCAGACUGCGGCUUCUCUGCGCGUCUCAGUGCGCGUGAGGUCGCUGUUCGGAGCGUCACCUCUCCUUCCUCUCUUUCGAUUUUGGAGUGAAAAUGGAGAAACACUGCACGGACUCACAAGUCAAAGGAGUCAGCACAGGGACCACCAUCCUGGCCGCCAUUUUUGAUGGAGGGGUCGUGAUUGGUUCAGAUUCCAGGGCUUCCAUUGGAGGGGAAUAUGUAUCAUCAAAGACCAUCAACAAGGUGAUUCAGGUUCAUGACCAGAUCUUCUGCUGUAUGGCAGGUUCACUCGCAGACGCUCAGUUUGUCACCAAGGCAGCGAAAUCCCACCUGGCCUUCCACAGUGUGCAGAUGGAGAACCCUCCACUGGUGAUCGCAGCUGCAUCAGUGCUGAAGGAACUGUGUUAUAAAAACAAGGAGGAGCUGCAGGCCGGCUUCCUCACUGCAGGCUGGGACAGGAAGAAAGGUCCACAGGUGUACGUCGUGUCUCUAGGUGGGAUGUUAGUCAGUCAGCCUGUCACCAUCGGUGGCUCCGGCAGCACUUACAUCUACGGCUACGUUGACGCCAAAUACAAACCCAACAUGAGCAGAGAAGAAUGCCUACAGUUUGCCACCAAUGCUCUGGCUUUGGCCAUGGGCAGAGACAACGUCAGUGGGGGCGUGGCUCACCUGGUGGUGAUCCAGGAAACAGGGGUGGAGCACGUGGUUGUACCUGGUGACAAACUGCCCAAGUUCCAUGAUGAGUGACCAACUUCAAACCACCACUGAAAUUAGAUUUUUGUGGUUAUUUUGCAUUAUAGAAUAAUUUCCCAGAGCAACAGUUUUAUCAUUCAUUUGCUCUGUGUCAGAGUAGGAUGUAACAAAACACACACAUACACUCACCUGGAGUCAGACACAUCUUCAACACUCACUUCCAUUAUAGAAGCAGGUGUCUGUCUGUCUAGGUGUCCACAUCAUGUUUUGUGUUGUUUUUUUCUUGUAACGUGGAAAUAUGUGAAAUUAAAAUAAACAAUAAUAUUUUCAAAAA